GACAUCAAACAAAUCAGCAUCAACAAGUUUCAUAAAAAAACAUUUAUUUUCUGAUUUUACUAAAAAACUAUGAAAAUGAUCGCCACUCUCUUCGUUGUCUUUGCUUUUGCUUCUCAGGCUUUUGGUCAAUGUACAGUUCCUCCAAGUUUUAGCUGUCCCAAUAUUACCAAAAUUGCCGGUCGAUGGUAUGAAAUAGCUGGACCAAUUCAUGAUCUUGCGUGUGUUACAAUGGAUUUCACUCCUCGAGAAGAUGGAAACUUCAAUUAUACAAUUAUUGGAGCUAAAUCUGAUGGGUCAAAGUUUAGUCAACAUUUGUUAGCUACUCGUACUGGUCUGGAAAAUUCAUUCAAUGUCUCUGAUAUGUCAACCAAUACCACUUCCCAAAUUACCUACUAUAUAGCCAAUACUGAUUACGAUAACUUUCUGGUUCUUUAUGCUUGUGUUUACCUUCCUGGUUACUCAAAUUUUCUAUCCGGAUCCAUUUUUUCCAGGACUAACACUAUGAGCGAUGGCGAUGUUUACAAGCUGAAAAAUUUGUUGGUUGAUACUUAUGGAGUUCCUAGCGACAGUUUAGUAGCCAUAACCCAAAAAGGCUGUAAAUAUUGGCCAGUUUUCUAGUGUUGAUAUUUAAACUUGAUUUAAAUUGAAUUUCCACUGCAAACCAGUUGUAACUUUAAACUACACAAUUUAUAUAAAUAAAUAUUAGAUAAAUAAUAGA